UAGCCACUCGUGUUUUCAUAGAGCGUAGUACGACACGUACAUCGUCUCAUUUGCAUAUCUGUUCUCCGCAGACCCGGCGAUAACGUGACACGUAUGUUCCGUUGAGUAGCUGGAACGAAAGGAAAGACGGAAACCUAGUAAUGGGAAUCGACGGGAUGAGGGUUGGCGGUGGCAGAUGCCCGCCCCUCCUGGUCGGAGGACUUCUGCUGGCGUGUCUCAUGCUCAUCUGCAACUGGUGGACCCUCUCGUCCGAGAACCUGGAGCUCGUCAGGCAAAUCGACGACCUGAACGAGCAGCUCAAGAUUAGUGCCGAAGAGAGAGAUCAGUGUGUAACUUUGCAUGGUAACUUGGAACAAAGAUAUAAGCAUUCGGAGGACAAGUUGGCCACGUUACACGUUCGUUUGGAACAGCAAAUUGAUCUUAAAAAGAAAAAUGACGAGCUCGAGGACUCUGUUACUAUAUGCAAAAGUGAGUUAGACUCAUUAAACAAACUGGAUGCCACCAAAACUGCAACACUAGAAACAUUACGAUUAGAAAAAGACACAAUUAAUACUCAAUUAGAUGUGAAGCGAGAUGAGAACAAGAAGCUUCAGGAGGAAGUGGACAGACUAAAAGGAGAGUUGGACCAAUUGAAGCUUACUUGUAUUUCAUCUGAGAAAAAGGAGACUCCGAAUCUCCAGCCACCAAUGACAGUGGUCAUUAACAAGCCACAGUUGCAUCCGGUACCGGUGUCUGCUGUAAGACUAUCCGUAGCUGGUCAACGAGGUGUGAAGUUUCACGGGAUUCCGAUCCUACCAUCAGACCCACCCGGUGCUGUGCGCCAAACUCCUCGUUUCUCAGUGGCUAUGUUGAAGAAAGUUGAAACGGAAUCGAAACAAGUCAAUGGCACGUCGAAUGAUGCUGCAGAGCAGGAUAUGGACGACUUAGGAGAUCCUGAGAAUCGUGCACGUGAUAACAACGGAGAUGAUAUUCAAAAUGCAGGAGGAACUAUGCUACUGCCAGACAAUUAUGAAAGCAAUUACGACAAAGAGAUCUGA